AUGAGCAACGAUUAUAAGGCCGCAAAAGAGGCCUUUGUGUCGGGAAUGACGGGUUCCUCAAUUACACAGAUAAACCUAGUGUCUUUGGUGGCUUUGUCCUCGGUAUCACUCUACUCAGCCCUAUGCACACGCCUUCCAACAAGCCGACGUAUAAACUUCGGUCUUUCAUGGGUCCUCCUUGUACUCCCUCUUCUUCUGUCGAUGACGCUCUUCGCUGAGCGACCGAUCAUCCUCUCCCUAUUCAUCUUUAUACCAACGGCUUUGCUCCUUUUCGGCGGCCCUUCUCUCCCCUCCAGCCAACCCGCGUCGCCAGCGGUUUCUGCUCCAAAGCAACCGUCGCGAACUUGGAUAAGACCGCUGCCAGCCUUGACGACGUAUAGAGCACACAUGAUGCUCAUGACUAUCCUUGCAAUUCUUGCUGUGGAUUUCCCCGUGUUUCCCCGCUCCCUCGCAAAGUGUGAGACCUACGGCGUGUCUCUCAUGGACCUAGGAGUUGGUUCUUUCGUUUUUUCCCAAGGAAUAAUCUCCGCAAUACCUUUGAUCAAAGACCCUUCGUACCUCACUUCUUCACUCCCUUCCAAGCUCUUCAAAGUGACACGCAAGUCAUUACCAGUCAUCGUUCUCGGCCUUGUACGAGUCUUGUUGGUGAAAGGAACGGAAUACCCGGAACAUGAAACGGAGUAUGGAAGACAUUGGAAUUUCUUCAUUACUCUCGCCCUUGUUCCUAUCCUACAAGUUUUAUUGCAUCCCAUGAUGAUCUAUCUCCCGGUGUCACUUUUGGGGGUGCUCAUCGCAGUUGGACAGCAAUCUGCUUUAUCGCAUUUUGGUCUCGAGUCCUAUAUUCUAACUGCACCACGAACAUCCAUCAUUAGCGCGAACAAGGAAGGUAUCGUCUCCCUUUCAGGUUAUCUCGCCAUCCACCUCCUCGGUCUUUCCGCCGGCACCCUUGUCCUCCCACCCUCGCCCUCAUUCUUCCGAAGGCGGCAACAGGCCCUCGCGGACAAAUUGACCAAAAGACGGAUCAGCGACGCUGGUCAAUGGGGCGAGGUAUCUAGGAGGAUCGUGAACCUUCCCUACAUCCUCUGGGUCGCAGCAUUCAAUACCUCCUUCCUCCUCCUGUACUUGGUAGUACUCGACAUUUCCCCAUACGUUCCUUCCUCCCAACAGCAGCCACCUAUAGAUGAGGUGCUUGAGCAAGGCAACCCACCUCAACUUCUCGAGGCGAUUAAUAAGCAUGGACUGGUCCUCUUCCUCUUUGCUAACGUACUCACGGGUGCUAUCAAUUUGAAGGUGGAAACCAUGUACGCCUCAGAUACCUUGGCGAUGUGUAUACUCGGCGUAUAUUCCCUCGUCGUUUGUGCGGUUGCA